GAUCGGACGCCAUUCGAACGCCCAUUGGCUGAACCGUUGUUCGGUCGAAAUUCAGAGCAUUCGAUCUUGGCUUCCAGUCAAUUGCAGAAGCAUUCCGGACACAUGCUGCCUAGUGUGUACUCUCUAGUGAGAGCCGAGGGGGCCAACCAUUCCGAAUGUAUAAAGCUACAGGUCAUUGAACAUAAAGCGAUAAAAAACAUUGGAGUAGACUGUGCAUAGUUCCAGAACCGCCUGGAAAGAAGCAACACAUACUCCGUGUUCCACCUUCAGAUGGUCGAAAAUUGGCAUAGGUCCCGGAGCCCCAGUAAGGCGCACACUGCAGCUUGGACGCGCGACCUCAGAUAUUGGCGUCUCUAAUCGGCAUCUCUAAUCGGCGUUUGAAAUUGAGAAGCAAAUCGAAAAGCCCCCACCCUCGUACUUGCACCGCCAAAUCACCGGAUUGCGCCAUGAUUUCCUGCCGCCUACCGUUGCGCAGGGCGCCCAGAAUGUUCUACAGCACGACGACUAAAGAAUCGUCCACACAAGCGAACCACGCGAUCGCCACCAAGCAGCAGCUUUUCGUGACCGACCCCGUGACGCCAGGCCUGGUCUUUUUCUUGCCCCACGGCACCCGCGUCUUCAACAAGUUGGUGGGGUUCAUGAAAAACCAGCAGUUGCGGUACGGGUUCCACGAGGUCAUCACGCCGCUCAUAUACAAGACGCAGCUCUGGGAGAAACUGGGCCACUGGGAAAACUACAAGGACGACAUGUUCAAGGUGGUGGGCAACGACACGCUGAAAGACGCCGCCGAAAACGGAGCGGGGCCGGGCGCCGGUCACGUGCACGAGUACGGCUUGAAGCCCAUGAACUGCCCCGGCCACUGCCUCAUAUACGCCAAGUUCGACCGCUCGUACAACGAGUUGCCCAUCCGGUACUCGGACUUCCUGUCGCUCCACCGGAACGAGGCCAGCGGCGCGCUUUCCGGCUUGACGCGGGUGCGCCGGUUCCACCAGGACGACGGCCACAUUUUCUGCGAGGUGCACCAGAUCCACCAGGAAAUCACCAACACCAUCAACAUGAUCAAGGACACGUACGCGGUGUUUGGCAUCGACAGCGAGCGUGACGUGGACUUCUUCUUGAGCACGCGGCCAGACAAGUACAUGGGCGACUUGGCCACGUGGGACAAUGCCGAGGCCCAGCUCACCCAGGUGCUCAAUGGCUGCACCCACCAAUGGCAGGUGCGCGAGGGAGACGGUGCGUUUUACGGGCCCAAGAUCGACGUGUUGCUCACCGACGCGUUUGGCAAGAAACACCAGGUGGGCACCAUCCAGCUCGACUUCCAGCUCCCGGCACGUUUCGAGCUCAAGUACACCCUGGCCAGCGGCAGCCGUGAGAACCAGCCCAUCAUGGUGCACCGGGCCGUUUUCGGCUCGCUCGAGCGGUUCUUUGCCAUUUUGCUCGACCAUUACCAGGGAAAAUGGCCUUUUUGGAUCAACCCGCGGCAAGCAGUAGUGGUGCCUGUGGCAGAGCGGCACCAUGAGGCGGCGCAGCAGGUGCAGAAACAGCUUUCGGGCGAGAUUUUGGCCUCUGACUCGACGGUGGCUCCGCUCACAGGUUACAACUUCCAUGUGGAUGUGGACAAGCGUAGUGAGACCGUGGGCACGCGCAUUAAGGACGCGCUUCAAAAGGGCUACUCGUAUAUCAUUAUGAUUGGCGAUAAGGACCUAGCCAGUGGCACGAUUUCCGUGCGGACACGAGACGACCGCAAGGUGGAAAACGUGGCUGUGGCCGAGUUGUACCUGCGGUUUGUGGCGCUCGAGAAGGCGUACAAGUGAGCGGGUCCUAGAUUUUUGGGUUAAUGCCCGUUCGGGUAAAUUAUGUGGACAAUUCUGUGGAAGUCUGUAAUCAUUCUUUGGGUGUGUUGGCUUGUGUGUGUGAAACUCUGGAAGAAAAUCUGGAUCAACCA